AUGUCAGAGCUGAAAGAAAGCGAUAACCUAAACUCUGUUGUGUUUCUCUCGCGCAUAUCGACGUUGAUUCAGACUGUCGCCGACAACCUGCGUGACAACCGACUGGACCGAAGAGCCAUCCAGAAGCUGCUGCUUGAAUACUCUGCCCGAGCCGAGUCUGACGGCCGACUGAUCAACGCAUCUCGACAAAGUCCGCACCAUCCGACGCCAGAUAAACCAACCAUCGCCUCAGCACCAGGAUCAGGAUGCUUCCCUGCCGCCACCUCCCACAUCCGCAUCGCUCGGCCUUGCAGAGACUUUGUCGCUGCUGAGCGCUUCUAUGUCACAGGUCUCGGUUUGAAAGUUCUGUGGCGCAGCGGGCCGGCCCAUGAGGUCGAGGGAGGACACGAAUUGCUCAUGCUGGGCUGGCCCGAUGCGGCCUGGCAUCUGGAGCUUGUCCUGGAUCCAGCGGGCAAGAAUCCCCCACGCCCAACCGAAGAGGAUCUACUGGUUAUUUAUGUGGAUGGAUCGAUUGACCCUGUCGUCGUUGAAAGAUUAAUUGAAGCGGGUGGGCGGAGGGUCCAACAUCCUAAUGAGUACUGGGAGAAAUGGGGAGUGACGAUCAAAGACCCAGACGGAUAUCUCUUGACUUUGUGCCAGAGAGCCUGGAAAAAUGCCUAG